UGCAACUAGAGAAGGAUCUGAUCUGACUGAGAGACCCUGGGUAAUACAUUCUAAUAAUUCAUUCAGGAAAGAUGGAGAGCUGUCACUGUUUCUUGCUGCUUUGCUCCCUGAUCUUUGCGCUGUCUUUUGCAGAUGCGACAACGUUUGAGAAUGAGAUCGACCUUACAGAGUUUAUUGGAAGGAUUUCCUCCUAUGGACUACUAGUUAGGGAUCAACCUUUGGCUAUCAACAGAGACCUUCGCUUUGAAACAAACUCACUGGAGGAGCUUGAAGAUCCAGAGGAUUCCAUUCCCAUCUGGACAGAUGAGGAACCAGUCAUCCAGAAUACACUCAACACCGAGACUACUAUCCCUGAUAUUCCUGACUAUGGCCCCAUAGUGUUGACCAACAAUGGGGUGAUCAAGGGACUCACAGUGGAAAAGACCCACAUAUUUUAUGGGAUCCCGUACGCGGACCCACCUGUGGCCGAGUACCGCUGGAAGGCCCCCAGACCGGUGACCCCGUGGCUUGGGGUGUACGACGCCACGUACCCGAGGGACGCAUGUAUGCAAGGCUGCAGUGGCCCUAUAUCUGACGAGUGCCCUCAGAAGGUGAGUGAGAACUGCCUCUACCUCAACAUAUUUGUACCUCUGAAUGUGAACUUCAGUUCCCCUUUACUGACACCCCUGCCAGUGAUGGUGUGGAUCCACGGGGGGGAUUUCAUCGCUGGCUCAGCUUCCAAGCCCCUGUAUGAUGGGAGGUUCAUCAGUAACUUCACACACACUGUGGUGGUGAACAUGGCGUAUCGGCUAGGGGCGUUUGGUUUCCUCGUCUCGGGAAAAGACCCCAAAACCUCAGCAACCGGGAAUUAUGGGAUCCUAGAUCAGCAGGUUGCUCUUCUCUGGGUUCAACAGAACAUUGCUCUGUUCGGAGGCGACCCCAGCAAGGUGACCGUGUUUGGGGAGAGUGCAGGAGCCCAGUCAGUGAGCCUCCACCUGAUGGUCCAGAGCAGUAAGCCCCUUUUCAAACAGGCUGUGUUCCAGAGCCUACCCUUCUCCAUCCCUCUCAAGACCAGACAUGAUGCCCUGAAGCUGGGGAGGGACUUUGCCAAGCAGGCCAACUGCUCUGUGAGCGACAUCGUUUGCCUGCUGUCCCUCAGUCCUCAGGCUGUCCUCACUGCCCAGAUGAAGUCAAGUUCCAAAGUGGUGAAUCCCUUCAGGUUCCUGGAGAUCUUUGAGACCUGGGGGCCCUACAUCGACGGAGAGCUGAUCAAAGAGCAGGCUGUGACUGCCUUCCAGAAGGGCCACUGGCAGAAGGAGAAACCAGUCCUCCUUGGGACCACGUCAGAGGAGGGGGUGAUCUUUGUGUACGGGGCCUUCACUAAGCCUGUGUCUGCGGUGGAGUGCACCGUCUACACCACAGCCAUCUUCAAACAGCACACCCUCAGGAUCCUACGCAAGUACCUGCCCCUGUACAAGGACAUUGACCGACGGGACAUGCUGGCUCAGAUUGUGACAGACUAUGUCUUCCUGUGCCCCUCCCGCAAGGCGGCCCGGGCGGGCACCAAAGCGGGCAGCGCUGUGUGGAUGUACGUCUUCGACCAUGUGGCGUCGGACCACAGUGUGUGGUCGGGUCUUUCCUUCUGCUACGAGCACGCGUGUCACGGCGCCGAGCUGCCAUUCCUCUUUGACACGGCCUCCGUGGCCAACUUCACGCUGGCCCCGCCCGAGCGGCUGCUGUCCAAUCGGAUGCUGUGUUACUGGGGGGCGUUCGCCCACACCGGGGACCCGGCCUCACGGGUGCAGCAGACUGGCUUCUGUAGACAGCAGCGCCUGCCAGCCUGGCCCCGCUACUCGGACACCAGCUCCUGGCUGGUCAUGAACUUCACUGUACGCUCCCACUCCCAGGUGGGCACCAGGGACCAUAUCUGUGACUUCUGGGACAAGCUGGGCAUCUAUUAGGGCAUAGGGGUGGGCAUGGGGCGGGCAAGGUGUUGAUAUUGGUUAUGUAUGCAUACAUAGUGUUAUGUCACAUUUGGCAAUUCACCCUACAGUGGGAAUGGUUAUGUCACCCUGUAUACACCAUUAUAGAGUAUGACUUAUGCUUAGAGGUGAUUUGUGAAGCACUUAUGUAGUCCUUAUGAAGCCUUUAUGUAUGCUAUAUAAAGCCUUUGUAAAUUGUACUUUGUUUAAAGUGGGACCGAAGCUGAUUGUGUUUGUUAUAACUGUUUGACAUCAGCUGACAUUCAGUGACAUAGACUUAUAGAAGAUUACUCUAUUGUCCAUUUAGUACAUGAGUAAUGGAAGUUUUCUUUUGCAUAUCCCAUUCUCCCCAGUAGACAUACACAUACAGGAGAUGUACAUAGAGGGGUUAGGGCUAGAGCCAGGGUCAGACACAUUUGUUAUGUCAUGUUUUUGACUGUAUUAUGAUGGUGUUAUAACAUACAGUUUAUGAUUAUUAUGACAGUGUAUUAACAGUUUGACUUAUGACAGUUCUACCAGUUUGACUAUAUUAUAACUUAUAACAGUUAGACUAUUAUGACUGUUAUAACAUAGUUUGACUUAUGGCAGUGUUAUAACAGUUUGACUUAUGACAGUGUUAUAACGUUUAUGACUAUAUUAUGACAGUGUUAUAACGUUUAUGACUAUAUUAUGACAGUGUUAUAACAGUUUAUGACUUAUGACAGUGUUAUAACGUUUGACUAUAUUAUGAGUGUUAUAACAGUUUAUGACUACAUUAUGACAGUGUUAUAACAGUUUAUGACUACAUUAUGACAGUGUUAUAACAGUUUAUGACUAUAUUAUGACAGUGUUAUAACAGUUUAUGACUAUAUUAUGACAGUGUUAACAGUUUAUGACUAUAUUAUGACAGUGUUAUAACGUACAGUUUUAAUAAAGUGUUACUGAUGUAGUAUCCAAUGAGGGCAGGGGGAAGGAGGGGAUGAAAGCUACAGUCAUCCUUCUCUCCCCCGAUGUACGAAGCAUAUCUGUGUAUCUACUUCGGAACGAUUGCAUGUUUUUAUUUUCCUUCAUCCUUUUUCUAACCCUUUCUCGUUCCCAGCUGCUUAUCAUUUGCUGUGAUUUGUUGGUUACGUACUUUAGAACCCCUACAUGAAUACCCCACUGUCGCUGUACAUGUGAAUCAUUUUGGAUAAUGUGUUUUCUAUGACAAAUAAAUCACAGUGAGAAAUA